GAGCCGCGCCCGGCCCGUGCGGGGGGAGCCCGCGGGGUUCCAUGUCCGUCGAGUGGUUGCGGCGGCUGCGGCGGGGCGGCCCCGCGGAACGGCCCGGAGGCGCCCGGGAAUCGGUACCGCGUUCCCCGCAGCCCGCCCCGCCGCGGUACCGCCGGCCCAAGUUCCUCCGCGGCGGAGAGGAGAGCCCGAGGGGCGGUAGGGCCGUGCGGGGCGCCGGGCCGGAGCGGCCGCUGCCGUGGGGUUCGGGCUAUGCCGAGGUUAUCAAUGCUGAGAAGUCAGAGUUCAACGAGGACCAGGCGGCGUGCUGCCAGAUCUCGGUGCGCAGGAGGGAGCCGGGCCUGGAGGAGGACCAGGAGUGGCUGAUCCUGUGCUCCACGCAGUUUUUGACUGGUUACUACUGGGCACUCUUCGAUGGCCACGGUGGCCCGGAAGCUGCCAUCAUUGCCUCCGACUACCUGCACUACUGCAUCAAGCAGAAGCUGGAGGAGGUCGCGGGGGCCAUCGUGGAGGCCCGUCCCCCCAUGCACCUGAGUGGGCGCUGCGUUUGUGACAGCGACCCCCAGUUCGUGGAGGAGAAGCACAUCCACGCAGAAGAUGUGGUGGUGGGAGCCCUAGAGAACGCCUUCCAGGAAUGUGAUGAAGUCAUUGGCCAGGAGAUGGAAGCCACCAACCAGACAGGAGGCUGCACUGCUCUGGCUGCCCUUUAUUUCCAGGGAAAGCUGUAUGUGGCAAACGCUGGGGACAGCAGGGCCAUUCUUAUUCUGAAGGACACCGUUGUGCCCAUGAGCUCUGAGUUCACACCCGAGACGGAGAGGCAGCGACUCCAGCACUUGGCUUUUCUCUUCCCCAAACUCCUGGACGGAGAGUUCACGCGCUUCGAGUUUCCACGGAGACUGAAGGGAGAUGACGUGGGCCAGAAAGUCCUGUACAGGGAUUACUUCAUGGAGGGCUGGGGAUACAAGCUGGUGGAGAAAGCUGACCUCAAGUACCCUCUUGUCCACGGUCACGGGAAGCAGGCUCGUUUGCUGGGGACUCUGUCUGUCUCUCGAGGUUUAGGGGAUCAUCAACUCAAAGUCAUCGACACCAACAUUGAAGUCAAACCCUUCCUCUCCUGCAUUCCCAAGGUGAACGUAUUUGACUUUGCUCUGCAUGACAUUAAGGAAGACGAUGUCCUCAUCAUGGCAACUGAUGGCCUUUGGGAUGUUUUGUGCAAUGAAGAGGUGGCCCACAUGGCCAGGAGCUUCCUUGCAGAUAACAGGACCAAUCCCCAGAGAUUUUCAGAACUGGCCAAGAGCUUGGCGUGCAGAGCAAGGGGGAAGAAGAGAGGCCACCAGUGGAUGCUGGAUGAUAGCCAGGAGGCAUCCUACGAUGACAUUUCUGUGUUCGUCAUCCCACUACACAACAGGGUUGAGGACUGUUAGCAUGACAGGCAGCAUCUCAGUGCCCUCCUGCUAUGGUGCUGUUGGGCAUCAGCACAGGACUGAGUGAUUUCUGCCGGGCACGCACCCUCCUCCAGCAACACCACCUGAUGUGGAACCUGAGAACACAGAGCCAGCACUUAUGCAAGAGGAUCAACAACGUGCAAAGUGAACAGUGGCAACAAAUCAUUCCUCUUACUGCAUUCACUUUGCUGUGCCAAUGGGAAACUGCAGAAGCGGCCACAGGAGCCAAAGACCACUGCUGCUUUAAGGACAGUGAGCCUCAAAUCCACAUCUUUAGCGACCCUUCUUCCUUUUUAAUAUUAAAGAAUGAAGUGAGGUCUAUCCAAUCUUGAGAACUGGACUUCAAUCAGACUCAAACUGAACACAUAAGCUACAGGUGUCCCUUGUAUCCAUUUGCUCCAUUAGUUGAAAAACUGGGAACUGCUGCUAGGACAGCAUUACCGACAUUGGUGGCCCACACCUCUUCCAGGUGAGAACGUUCCAGUUGUAGGCAGCACCACAUCAGAAUAGAGGUUAUCAGAUGUAGCCUCCUCUGGAGAGGUAGAUACCUUACUUAAGAGCAUGUCUGCUACACGUGAUGUACUUCAUGUACAGAUAUCUAACAGAUUUUAGUUCAGAACGCUCACUAACACUUUGGGGGUCACUCCUACCGCUGGCAGUGAGGCUGGGUUUGGAGUAGUGCUGAUGAGAGCUGAAGCGUGUAAGGAAAUAAGUCAUCUGAUUUCCUAGAAGAGCUCCAAGUAGAAUAGAACCGGUUGUUCCCAUUUAGCUGGGGCGCUGAUGCACAAGCGGUACACUCAUUGCAACAGAGGACAUGCCAAGAUGAUCUGAGCCUUUAAAGCAGAUCUUCAAGGUUUUGAGCUGUUCAUUAGACAGGUAAAUUCAGGUCUGGACAAGCUUCCCAUUUCCUUCCUUUUGUGUUCAUUAUUUCUCACCCAAGUUUGCCACAUUACUCAGUGAAGCAGACAAACCCCCCAUUGUCUUUUGUUAACUGCUUGAGUUUUGUAAGGAUGAGAGUCCCAAUAAAAAUAAUUCUCAUGCA